AUGGACUUGCCCCAAAAUGGCGAAUCGAGCAAAUCUCUCUUCCACCUCACACCGACCCAGGCGCAAGGAGAUGAGAUGAACGCGGGUGGAGAGAGACGGGAUGGAGAUGGGGAUGUGGAGAUGAGCGAUGGACCGGGAGAGGAGCCGGUGUCGGGUGCAGACACCAAGGAGCAGAAGAGGGGGACUGCCAGGCUGAUAUUGCCCCAAUGGGACAUCCCGCCUCCAAAACCUAUACAUUCAUCGCAAGACCUCAUAUCCCUCCUCAACCUCGACACACUCUACAACGCUUACGUCCGUCCCUUCGCCGACUUGCCCGGGGAGAGCGACCAGCCCAACGGGGUGGGUGGGGAGGAUGGGAAAGGCGGGGGGAAGAAGAAGGGGCCGCCGGGGAGAAGAAAGAUGGAGAAGGGGUACCAGCAUCUGGUGGAGGAUUGUAUCGACCCGAUACCUUUAGGGACAAGAGUAGAUGCUCCGUCUUUCCUCCCGCUAUUGAAUGAUGUGUUGCAUCCGCCUGCACCGCCGCCGCCGUUCGCUGAAGGUAUCGUUGAAGAAUUGCCGAAGGAAGCAUUCAAGGUUGCCAGAUUGGAGGCGGGUUCACAGGAAGGGUACCACGGCGGACAGAAAGCGGGUGUCAGAGAAGCAGAAGAGAAGCGCAGGCGCAAGAGAGCCGCCAGAACAGCCACCCACGACCCCAUGUCUCCUAUACAGUCCACCUUCCCUCCCAACAUCCAGUCCACAGGCGGCCGUUCCUCUACCCCCGGAACCCCCAUGCUCCCGGUUCCUCCGCCCAUCAACGUCCGUCCUUACCAUACACCCGGUACACCCCGCCGGGGUACAGCGCCGCCUGGCGCCGGUACAGGGCAAGGCGUACACCCAUUCUCAAAACUCGGCCCCGGAUCAGGAGCAGGCGGAAGACCGACCAUGCCCAGUUCAAAGCAGAGACCGGCGAGUAUGGAAGUACCCAACUCGCGCAAAGCUGCGAGUCGGAGUGCUAGCCCUUUACCGCCGUCUUCCCUUGGGCCCGGGGCUGGUGGUACGGCAAAUCAGCAGCGGCCAUUCGCGGCGAAUCGAAACAAACGGCCGGGGAGUGCGGAUGUGCAAGGUGGUCCGGGGAAGAGGGCGAAGGAGAAUGGGUCGGCGAGUCCGUUACCUGGCCUUAGAAGAUGA